GGGUGUGGCCAGUCCGACCUGAUUCAAAAGCCCCGGCCGGUGCCUACCUCCUCCCCAGGUCCCAUCGUUGUGUGACUGUGAAGAGCGAUACCCUCCGCUUCACAGUAGACCAAUAGGGCUCUUAAGGCGACCGCUAACCCAGUCUUUCGACGACCGCUAACCCAGUCUUUCGACACUUCUAUAGGCUCCAGCCAUCACAAAAGUCAGUCGACUGUACAGACAUGGGUAACGCAACAGGAUCCACUGUGGAAGAUCUCCAGGCUGUGGAGAAGCACCUCUGGUAUAAGAAGUUCAUGACCGAGUGUCCUUCGGGUCAGCUCACCCUGCAUGAGUUCAAGCAGUUCUUUGGGCUCCGGGGACUGGAUGCUGAGGCCAACGCCUACAUCGAGCAGAUGUUCCGCACAUUCGAUAUGAACAAGGAUGGCUACAUAGACUUCUUGGAGUAUGUGGCUGCUCUGAGCCUGGUGAUGCGGGGUAAAAUGGAACAUAAGCUCCGCUGGUACUUUAAACUGUAUGAUGUGGACGGCAACGGGUGCAUUGAUCGAAGUGAGCUGCUAAACAUCAUAAAGGCUAUCCGUGCAAUCAAUGGGAACGAAAACCAGGAAGUUGAUGCAGAGGAGUUCACCAACCGGGUGUUUGACAAGAUAGACGUCAACGGAGAUGGGGAGCUGUCUUUGGAGGAGUUUGUGGCAGGGGCUCACACUGACGAAGACUUCAUGGAAGUGAUGAUGAAGACCUUGGAUCUCACCCACAUAGUCGCCAUGAUCCACAAUCGGAGGCACAGUGUUUAGAGUCUGCCCUCAGACGCCUCCAUCUCCACUCUCCAUUGUAAUAGACUGCCGAAGGGCCACAUAGGAACUGAGCCAUGAGCCCUCAAAAGAUCUAGCCCAGAUUUGUAUAAAGACAAUCUUUAUCUUAGCAAUGCUGAAGGGCCAUGCUUUGAAUGCAUUCUUUGUUGUCGGAAUUCACAAGAGGUUGAAUGACGAUGAAAAAUGCCCUUUGCCUGCAUACAAAUGACUCAGUCAACCAUCGCUGGCUGGUUAGUGCCCUUGUGCAUGAACUAAAUCUGAGAGAGGUCUACAUGAGAGAUUUCUCACACCGUCAGCUGAACCGGAGACCCAACUAGGUCAUAACAUAAGGAGGGUGGAGGAUAAAGAGGGUGGAGGGAGUGGAGUGGUGACUACCCAAGGUGGUGAUUACCCAUUAUAACCCAUGCAUUCCUGACAAAAAAUAAAUAUAUAUUUUUAAAUCCCUCACCCACCUCAGAGGCAGAUUCCUGUAGGGAAAUGAUCAUUUCCAAACCACAUCGAUAAUGACGUCUCAAACGAUCUUUUGGACCAAACUCAGUUAUUCAGUUGACUGGUUCCUCUCCAUGACUGUGCGUCCGGGUUCUAUUGGAGGAAGUUAUAAUUCACCCACUUUCCACCCAGUACAGUCAGUUGUCAGCUCAAAUACGACUAGAGCCCAAGUUCAUUCUGUGCCAUGACUAAACGUUCCAGUUCCUCAGGAAACAGGUUCUUCCAGAAGUUAGGGAUCUAAAUAACUUAGAUACUUGUCACAAAAUGCACUUUGUAAAAAAAACAAGACCAGCAUGUUUUUACAUUGUACUGGCCCCAGUUGUUAGGAAAUAAAGUCAGCAUUUUCAGGACAUUGAUUUGAAGGAAUAUCUUAACACUACUACAUUCUAAUGUUUUCCCUACCAGACAGUAAAGUGUAAAAAAUAAAUUGUGCACAUUUGUUUGUGUUUCUGUGAGUGUGUGAGACAUACAUGAAUGACCAAUGCGCUCGCCUAGAUGGCAUUAGAAUGACCUUUAUAUAGAUCCCUAGCCCACUAACCUUGUUUAACCCAAAAAUUGCUCUAGUUUAAAAUAGUCAAAUAAAGAUUGAAAUCUGUUGUAUUUUCA